UCCAUUCAUUCAACACAACCGAAAAAAGAAAAUAGAUAAUGGCCUCACUCCUUUCCUCUGUUCGAAUUAGCCUUAGCCUUCGCGCACAAUGCCGCCCACUUGUCACCGCAGCCGCACAACCCGCCACAUGGACUCAUAAUUCAUUAAGAGCGGGAGUUAUUGCAAGGAAGAAGGGCAUGACCGCCAUGUGGGAUGAAUGGGGUGUUCGGAUACCCGUUACUGUCCUUCAGAUUGAGGAUUGCCAAGUUGUUCAGGUGUUGAAUGAGGAAACACAUGGAUAUACAGCUUUGCAGAUUGGAUGCUCAGAUCGCUCAGAAAAGAACGUCAACAAGCCUAACUUGGGCCAUUUCCAGAAGGCAGGUGUCGAGCCAAAGCGCAAACUGUUUGAAUUUCAUGUUACCCCCGAUGCUGUUCUACCUGUCGGCACUGAGCUUGUUGCUUCACACUUUGUUCCUGGUCAGUAUGUUGACUGCUCAGCACCAACUAUUGGCAAGGGAUUCCAGGGAGCCAUGAAGAGACAUGGUUUUGGGGGUCAACCAGCAUCGCAUGGUACCUCUCUCACACACAGAUCGUUGGGUUCGGUUGGUCAGCGUAAAGAUCCCGGCAAGGUUUUCAAGGGGAAGAAAAUGGCUGGACGCAUGGGAGGAGACCAGGCUACAGUCCAAUCGCUCAAGGUCAUGAAAAUCGAUAACGCUUUGAACUUGAUUUAUGUCAAGGGCAGUGUACCUGGCGUCGACGACCAGUUUGUCAAGGUUCGAGACGCAGUCAAGAAGCGCGGUAAUAAGAUUGCGCCUGCUGAUACCUUACCCCUCCCCUUCCCCACCGUCGACCCCAAAUUAGUGGAGGCUAUGCCAAGAGAGUUAGUUGCUAAGACUGGAGGUGCCGACCCCUAUGUCAUGAAGGAGUAGAAAAAAGAUGAAAGAAGAAGCAUUUACUUAGAAUUAGUAU